CCCAAAACUUUAUUCUUAGUCCCACUUUGAAUUUUGAGAAGAACGAACAGAUCGCGGGAAAAUCCAUAAAGUUUUGAAACCAUUUUACCUAAAAUUCUGUGAAAUCCCAGUUUCGUCUCAGUAGAGAGUGUCGCCAUGGAUGAAGAGCUUUUGCUUACGAGAAUCAUUGCAGGAAUCGAAGGAGGAGGAGGAGACGAUGAAUCUGACUACCAAGACCUCGUCACGGAUCUCAAAUCUCUACUUGACACAGACGACGAUGAAAUUCUCAAUCGAUUUUACGGUAGCCUCUCCUCAAUGGCUUCGUCGUUUCUCCGCUGUGUCUCCGCCGCCAUGGAUUCGCCGGUUGAAUCAGUCCGUCUUGCUAUUUUAGCCUCCGACGCGUAUCUCAGUCUGCUUCUUUCCACUAAUUGCCCCGUUUUCACUUUCUUCUCUCCAAUUGCGUUUCUCUCUCUACUGGGUUCAAUCCGCCGUUACCUCAAACGCCGUAAACGUGACGAUUCGGCUGGUCAAGGGAGUAAUUCGCAGCGGGAGAAAGGGAAUAAGAAGAAGAGAAGUCGCGGUAAGAGAAAUCUAGGGUGUGAAGAUGGGGAUGAGACUGAAGAAGGCGGAUUCGAUGCGAAAUUGCUGUUUAGAGUGCUCGAGCGUUUAGGCUCAGUUCUGAGUUUUGUUCAUUUAGAUAGAUUUCCCGAUAGCUUGAAAACUUUGGUACAAACUGUGAGUGAGAUUCCUUUAUUGGCGCUGGAACACUCUGGGUUUUUGAAUUAUGAUCGAUUGAUGGAAAUUUGUGGGAAGAUUCUGGGUGGUGUGUUGAAUUCCGAUCAUGGAGAUAUGGCACUCACGGCGGCUGAGAUUUCAAAGUCUUUGACACCAUUGCUCCUUAUGGGGAAACAUCAAGCGAGAAGCUUUGCGUUAGGUUUUGUGUCAAGGAAAUUGAUGGGUUUGGCUAAAGAUAACUCUGAAUUGAAAAAGGUUGUUUCUAGUUUGCCCAAGUUUCUGGUUCAUAAGGCACCUGAGAAGGCCGAGCCACGUGGUUCCGCAGUGGAGGCGAUAGUGGAGAUAGUAAAGGCAAUGGAGGUUGAGGACCAUUCAGACUUUGUUGAUUUUCUAAUGAAGAUGUGUCAAGGGAAGUCUAAUUUUAGAAUAUUAGCUGUUGAUCUUAUACCUCUGUUGAUAAGCUCGUUAGGAAAUCCCUUAGGAGUUAUUGGUUCAGAGGAUGGAUCGAAAGAUUCUUGGGGGUUAAAUUGUCUUGAUGCGUUACUUAAGCGGUGUUCAGACACAAAUGCUUUAAUUAGAGCUCGAGCUUUGUCCAACUUGGCUCAAGUCGUGGGGUUCUUGUCUGGUGAUGCAAGGAGCAGGUCGAUCCUGAAACAAUCCCUUGGGUUUAACGGUGAGACUUCAGAGGGAAAAGGUGUAGUAACUGACCUUUUGAAGAAAAGAUGUGUGGAUGAGAAAGCAGCUGUCAGGAGAGCAGCUCUUAUUCUAGUGACAAAAUUGACAUCCCUUAUGGGUGGUUGCUUUGAUGGUAGUAUCCUAAAGACAAUGGGUACUUCUUGUUCUGAUCCGCUCAUAAGUAUUAGAAAGGCUGCAAUUUCAGCUCUUUCUGAGGCCUUCAGAAUAUGUACAGAUGAAAUUGUGACCACUGAAUGGUUACAUUCUGUUCCUCGGAUGAUCAUGGACAAUGAAACUAGCAUCCAAGAAGAAUGCGAGAAUGUCUUUCAUGAACUAGUUCUGGAAAGAAUAUUACGAGCUGGAAAUGUGCUUCCCGACAGUGCUUCUCUCCCUAACAACCAGAACACUACUUCAAAAGAUCUAGACAGAGACAUCGAAUCCUUGUUUCCAGAAGGAGUUUUGGUUCUCUUGAGGGAGCUUUGCAACAGCGAAGUUUCUCCUUGGGUUACGAAAAUAUGUGGAAGUUUGGGAAAGAAGAAGCGACUAAAACCAAGAGUUGCCUUUGCUCUCCAGAGUAUCAUAAAGGAAUCUGAAUCAUUGUGGUUGAGCCGUUCAAUGCCAAUAAAUAAAUGGACAGCUCCUGCUGGUACUUGGUUCCUUUUAUCAGAGGUUUCACUGUAUCUUCCAAAGUCUGUCGAAUGGGAAUUUCUUCACCAUCACUGGCAGUUGCUUGACAAGAAUGAUGUGCAAGGUCUAGAUGAACAAGGUGAGGAACAGAGUGUCGAGUGUAAUUCUUCUACAUGGGCUGGCGAUCGAGUUUGUCUUUUGCAAACAAUCUCCAAUGUUUCCCUUCAGCUGCCAGCAGAGCCUGCUGCAGACCUGGCUGACAAUUUGCUGAAGAAAAUCGAAAAGUUUAACCUCCAUUCUGCUGAGGUCGAUGCACAUGUUAAAGCAUUAAAAACUUUGUGCAAAAAGAAGGCAUGCACCUCUGAGGAGUCUGAUAUGCUUGUCAAGAAGUGGGUAGAACAAGUUUUAUCUAAGGCAUCUAAGGUCACUGAGAAGUACAUCGAGGGGGUCUCUAGUAAUAAUCAUUCUUUUGUUACUCCAGCAACACUUGGAAGUAGAAGAAGCAAGAGACUGGAUUCUGUGUCCAAGAAGUUAUCAAAAGUAGUCACAGCAGUAUAUACCAUUGGAUCUUGUGUCAUUAUAUAUCCUUCUGCUGACACGACCAAAAUUGUUCCGCUGUUACAUACUGUCAUCACUUCAGGAAAUUCUGAUUCAAAGCUGAAAAACAAAUUGCCACAAGCUAAUGUUUGCUUGAAGCAAAAAGCUCCUCCUCUCUACAGUCAGUCUUGGUUGACCAUGGCGAAGAUGUGUUUGGCUGAUGGGAAGCUUGCUAAAAGAUAUAUCCCUCUCUUUGCGCAGGAGCUUGAAAAGAGUGAUUGUGCAGCCUUGCGUAAUAAUCUUGUAGUGGCAAUGACAGACUUCUGUGUUCAUUAUACAGCCAUGAUUGAGUGUUACAUACCAAAGAUUACGAAACGUCUUCGAGAUCCUUGUGAAGUUGUUAGAAGGCAGACUUUUAUACUUCUCUCAAGGUUAUUACAGAGAGACUACGUGAAGUGGAGAGGAGUUCUCUUCCUUCGGUUCCUUCUAUCGCUAGUGGAUGAAUCUGAAAAGAUACGCCGACUUGCAGACUUUUUAUUUGGAAGCAUCCUUAAAGUAAAGGCGCCACUUCUAGCCUACAACAGUUUCGUGGAAGCUAUUUAUGUCUUAAACGACUGCCAUGCCCACACUGGCCAUAAUAAUCCAGAUUCUAAACAAUCAAGAACAAAGGAUCAAGCUUUUUCUGUCAGAGGGAAUGAUGAAAGGGCUAGGUCUAAAAGAAUGCAGAUCUACAUUACUCUGCUUAAACAGAUGGCCCCAGAACACCUAUUGGCCACAUUCGCCAAAUUAUGUGCAGAGAUCCUCGCAGCAGCUUCUGAUGGAAUGCUCAACAUAGAGGAUGUCACUGGUCAGGCAGUCCUACAGGAUGCAUUUCAAAUCUUGGCGUGCAAAGAGAUCCGCUUAUCAGUUUCCAGAGGAGCAUCGUCCGAAACAGUGGAGAUGGAUGAAGAAGGUGGUGAUUCCAAUGCAGCGGCUGCAAAAGGAAGAGCCAUAACGCAAGCUGUUAGAAAAGGUUUGAUUCAGAACACUAUUCCAAUCUUCAUUGAGCUCAAGAGGCUAUUGGAGAGCAAGAACAGUCCUCUUACAGGUUCGCUCAUGGACUGCCUCCGUGUCCUCCUCAAAGACUACAAGAACGAGAUUGAAGAAAUGCUUAUCGCUGACAAACAGCUUCAGAAAGAGCUUAUUUACGAUAUGCAGAAGCACGAGGCUGCAAAGGCAAGGUCCAUGGCUAACCAAGGGGUUGCCUGCGGGACGAGUCAUGGAAAUGGUGGACCUGAAGAACCAGCAAGAAGUGAGAAUGUUAGAGAUUCGGGACUGGAAUCAAGAGUGGUUGCUGCAGCUGCUGAUGCGGUGGCAGCAAAGGCGGCUAGGUCGGUGUUGAAAGAAGUAAAUGGUGGAGCUGCAACUCCGCCUCUGAGCGCAAUGAGUGUUCCGAAGCUAAGGUCGACCCGUGGAGGUAUCCAGAGUGGUCGACCAUCGGCUGAUGUGUUGGAGUCUUUGAGAAGAAGACCAACUUUCAUGUCUGAUGAUGAGAGUUAGAACUUAGAACCUAGAACGAGAUUCUAACUAGCUUCUUGAUAUAGCUUUUGUUGUAAAUGCAUAACUUUGACAUUUUCUAUUGGAAAUGUCAUUAAAAUCAUGGACAGUUCAUUUUCCUUGAUUUAAAGCAUGAACUCUCCAUUUGUUGAUUUUAAAUACAUAUAAUUUUUUUUUGA